AUACCAGCCGGAUUGUUCAUAUCCAUUCUGUGAUCAUCCUGCGCCGCUCUGAUAAGAGGAAAGACCGUGUGGAAAUUUCACCAGAGCAGCUUUCAGCUGCUUCUACUGAAGCAGAGAGGUUGGCUGAAAUUACGGGACGUCCUAUGAGAGUUGUGGGCUGGUAUCACUCUCAUCCUCAUAUUACUGUCUGGCCGUCGCAUGUUGAUGUCCGCACACAAGCUAUGUAUCAGAUGAUGGACCAAGGUUUUGUAGGGCUUAUAUUUUCCUGCUUCAUUGAGGACAAAAACACAAAGACAGGCAGGAUUCUGUAUACCUGUUUCCAGUCCAUUCAGGCCCAGAAGAGCUCAGAAUAUGAAAGGAUUGAAAUUCCUAUUCAUGUUGUCCCCCAUGAAACCAUUGGGAAAGUAUGUCUGGAAUCAGCUGUAGAAUUGCCCAAGAUCCUUUGCCAAGAAGAGCAAGAUGCCUACAGGAGAAUUCACAGCCUCACCCACCUAGACUCCAUAACCAAGAUUCAUAAUGGCUCAGUGUUCACAAAGAACCUCUGCAGCCAGAUGUCUGCCAUCAGCGGGCCACUCCUUCAGUGGCUGGAGGACAGACUAGAGCAGAACAAACAGCGGGUGCAGGAGCUGCAGCAUGAGAAAGAGCAGCUCCUGGAGGAACUAGCUGCUUUAGAGUGAAGGAGGAAAUGCAGACCCUUCAGAAAAGAGACAUGAAAAAACCUCAAGACCUACUCGUGGCUGAAGGGUGGCCCUCCAUUGCCUUACAGUGAAGAUACGAGCUGUGCCUCUUUUCUUGCCCCAUGCAGCAAAGAGCCCUUCUGCAGGAUAAGGGCUUUGUCUGCCCCGGCCGGAUGGAAAGCAGCAGUACCUCUCCAGGCACCGCACGAUGCAGUGCAGCUCUAGCCCUGUGGUGGGGUUGGACAGCAUCUGAAGACACUUCAGUUCUGGAGGGCAUGCACCUAGGGAACAUGUUCUCCCUUCUCUAUAUUUCGUCAGAAGUCUUACUGCUUUACAUGUGUUCCAGGAGCCUAGAACAGGAGGGUUAGAGUGGAAGAGUGUGUUCCUGCAGUCAUAUCCAAUGCUGUCAACUUCUACUGCCUUUUAGUAGCUUUAUUUGACCGUGAUCUUAUAUCUAGUAAUGUUCUGAAUUACUAGUAUCCACCCAGGCAGGUAAGAGGUGGGAGGGAAACUUGUGAAGAGACCUGGAAGAACUUGGACAUAGGAUCUGUGUUCAGCAUAUUUCAAACCAAAUAAAGAAUUCCAAAGCCAGAGCUGUUUGGAGUAGAAAUGAAAUGAAUGCUACAAA